CGAUGGGCAUGGCAUGCGAUGUUGAAACCGGCUUGCACCCAUUCGAUUCCCAUUGGCUCGGUGUUUCCCGAGAAAGAAAAAGUGACCCCAAUUUUGAAACUGAAAUAAAAUCCCAAUCAAUCCGGGCACUUGUUCACUCGCACUCAGUGGAAUUCUCUUGUGUGAUGCGAGUUGAAACCGCGAAUUGAGGCAUAACAGAGAUCGGAGAAUGGUUUCGUAUGUUAACAUCUUGCUGUACGGCGUGGGAGGGUUGGUGGUGGCGGGGAUGGCAUUGCUGGUGGCGUUUCAGGAGAAGCUCGUCUACGUUCCCGUCUUGCCUGGCCUCACCAAGUCCUACGCCAUCAAUCCCUCUCGCCUCAGACUCUCCUACGAAGACAUCUGGCUCCAUUCCUCCGACGGCGUCCGCCUCCACGCUUGGUUCAUCAAACUCUUCCCUAACUGCCGAGGUCCGACUGUUUUGUUUUUUCAAGAAAAUGCUGGAAAUAUUGCGCAUCGACUCGAAAUGGUUCGCAUAAUGUUGCAGCAGUUACGAUGCAAUGUUUUCAUGCUUUCUUACCGAGGUUAUGGAGCAAGUGAUGGCUAUCCUUCUCAGCAUGGAAUUAUUAAGGAUGCUCAGGCUGCAUUGGAUCAUCUUUCUCAAAGGACUGAUAUUGACGCAUCUAGAAUAGUUGUAUUUGGACGAUCACUUGGUGGUGCAGUUGGAGCUGUACUAACAAAAAAUAACCCUGACAAGGUUGCUGCACUGAUACUAGAAAAUACUUUCACAUCUAUAAUGGAUAUGGCUGGAGUUAUGUUUCCUUUUUUGAAGUGGUUUAUUGGAGGCAGCUGUUCAAAUGGUCCUAAAGUACUCAAUUUUCUUGUUCGUUCUCCAUGGAGUACAAUUGAUGUUGUUGGCCAGGUCAAACAGCCUAUCCUUUUUCUUUCUGGAUUGCAAGAUGAGAUGGUCCCUCCAUCACAUAUGCAAAUGCUUUAUGCCAAGGCAGCUGCUCGUAAUAAUCAGUGUCUGUUUGUGGAGUUUCCUACUGGCAUGCAUAUGGAUACUUGGGUGGCUGGUGGUGAUCACUACUGGAGAACAAUUCAGCAGUUUCUUGAACAGCAUGCCCCAGAGCAAAAGGAAGACAGUUCAUCCCAAAAUGGAAAUGAUACUGGGGCGAGGUGAUUGGCUGACAUUAAAUUAUUUCAAUGAUACUAAUUGGCUAACUAAGGAUUCAAACAGUUUCUGCCCUUUGAAGUUGCAGCCCGUAAGAGCUCCCUGUGAGAAGAUGCUUCCUACUGGGACAUGCUGCACCACGUCAAGGUAUAUCAUUGAACAAUUUUGGUUGGGUUGUGGUUUCCAGAAUUUGGAAGAUGCGCAGACAAUUUGUGCUACCCUUUUCUAUACUGUAUGGCAUCUACAUUUUGGGUGCCUGACCGAAUUUGACAAAUGACAAGUAGAAUAAUAAUUAUUUACCUAAGCUAUAUAUACAUGUAGUGUAUGUACUAUAUACUGUACUUUAUCAGUUUAUCUAUGUUCUUUUUAGUGAAUGAGUUCAUUGUCAUUCA